GUCAUCAACAUCCGACUGUAGUUCUGUUUUGCUUCCUUUACGCACAUGAGAUCAACCAACGUGGCUUUUGCCUUUGACAAUCUUUUUACAGCUAUCAGACAUAUUUACACGUUCAUUACAAAAACAAUUGUUUAUACAAGCACCGCCAUCAACGAAACAAGCUGUUUGACUUGUAAAAUAUCUUCUGGUUGGAGACAAACUGGUGAGUUAGCCGAGUUAGCGUGUCGAUGGAGAAGAAGUCCUGCCGGGAACAUGUUUAAUGAGGAUGAAGACUGGAGUGACGAACAAGACGCUCAAGUCCUGAGCAAAACUGUACUCGGAAAAAACACACAGAAGACGACCAGCCGCGCGGAUGUCAAGUCCAAGUUGGUUGGAAAGAAGAGCCUCCUGCGGACCCUCCAGACUCUGGGCUCAGUGCCAGACUGGAAGAACGACGACCAUCAGCAGGGCAGCGACAGCGAUGGCGCCGUGGUCCCAUCACACACCAAGAGAAAGAAGAAAAGAAGUAAGAGGCGAAAGCAAGCAGAGACAACAGGAGAGCAGCCAAACAAUGGACACUUGGAUCCGACUGUAAAUAACGAGAAACCCGCAAUAAAAAAGAGGAAGAAAGAAAACAUAUUAACUGACCUGACGUUAAAAACAACAUCUGAGAAAGAGACGACCAACGGAAAUAAUAUCCAAUCCAAACCAGACAACACAGAGAAACUGAGCAGACAACAGUGGAAAAACAAGAUGAAGAACAAGAGGAAAUGUAAAAAUAAAUACAGUCAGGAUAAGCCCAAGAUGGAAAUCAAUAAUUGUGCCGAGCAACACAAGCUGAAGGAGGAAGUCAAACUAGAUUCACGUAGUAAUAAAAACAUCAAUGGUCAGACACCAGCCAAGAAAAAUGAAAAGAAACGAAAACCCCAGAAAUUGGAAAAGACAAAAGUGGAUAAAGAUUCAUCCGGCGCACCAGACACAAAUGCACUCAGAGCGGAAAAGAAGCCAAUUGGCGCCAAAUUUAAAAAAGACGCAAAUAAGUCUUUGGCUUCUGGAUCAAAACAGAAAGUGAAGAUCGCAGGUGAGCAGCAACAGUCACCAGUAAAAAGACUAAAACCUGAGCUGAGCAAAGAAGAGAUUGUGAAAAGAGAAAAGCUGCGGAAAUUGAUCAAAACGCGAGAGCCGGUCCAAGAGCAGAGUCCCGCUGAGACGAACGAUGAGCCUGCGGUAGAAGAAGAGGAGGCCAAACAGGACCGCGCCGCCUCGCUGAGGUCCCGCGUGGAGCAGCGACUGGAUUCGGCCCGUUUCCGAUACAUCAAUGAGGUUUUGUACAGCACGUCCAGCGGCGAGGCGAAGCGCAUGUUCCAGCAGGACCCUGAGGCCUUCGGGAUCUACCACAGAGGAUACACGGCGCAGGUUCAGAGAUGGCCCGCCAACCCGGUGGACGCCAUCAUCUCCUUCAUCCGACAGAAACCUCCCUCUCUGGUGGUGGCAGACUUUGGUUGUGGCGACUGUAAAAUCGCGCGCAGCGUGAAGAACAAAGUGCACAGCUUCGACUUGGCCGCCGCCUGCGAUCUCGUUACGGUCUGUGACAUGGCCAACGUGCCGCUUCGUGGCGGCUCCGUGGACAUCGCUGUGUUCUGCCUUUCUCUCAUGGGGACCAACCUGGCCGAUUUCCUAGCAGAGGCCAACCGCGUGUUAAAGAGAGGGGGUGUCCUGAAAAUAGCAGAAGUGGCGAGCAGGUUCGAGAACGUGCGGGACUUUGUCACUGCGCUGACAAGUCUGGGAUUCAAGAUGUCGACCAAGGUCACAGAGGGCACUCAUUUCUACUCCUUUGAAUUAGUGAAGGUGCAAGAUGCUCCAGAUAGCAUAAAGAAAUUUGGACUGCAGUUGAGGCCCUGUCUCUACAAGAAAAGAUGAAUGUAUGUGGCAGGACUUCAUGGACUUUUGAAGCAGUGUGUUUGAAUGUUCUGCUUCAAUCUACCGUUUUCCAAAGCAGCAGUUGUACAUUUGUGUCUAAAUGUAUUGUUCUUAAUUGCCACACUUUCAAGCCUCUGUAAUUCACAGAUUUGACAGCUGAGUUUUCUGCAUUAAUUGUACAUUGUUUUUCAUACAUCAAUGUAGAUAUGAGCUUAUCAGUAAGACAUUUUUUAUUUCAAAGAAAGCCUAAACAUAUGCAGGCUACCAUUUUAGUAAAGUUCAUCCUGUCGAAUAAAAAAUAAAAUUUACUCUUAAAUGUUUCAUGACUGUAUGCUUUACAGUGCAGGAGGACUGACUGACUCUUAUUUUGAUCUGAGAGGGACAUUGAAAAGAAAUAGAUUUUUGAUUUGUACUUUGUGGUCUAGAAUAAAACCUGUUUUGCUCAA